CAAGUAAGAAUGCCUUAAGCAGAUAACUAUGGAUAAAUAUAUUAAAGUGCGGAAGAUUGGAGAAGGAUCCUUUGGGAAAGCAAUUCUGGUCAAAGCAAAAGAAAAUGGCCAGCAGUAUGUUAUUAAAGAAAUAAACAUCUCUAAGAUGUCAAAUAAGGAGAGAGAAGAAUCAAGGCGAGAAGUUGCUGUAUUGGCUAACAUGAAACAUCCAAAUAUAGUCCUGUAUAGGGAGUCAUUUGAAGAAAAUGGCUGUCUCUACAUAGUGAUGGAUUACUGUGAAGGAGGAGACCUGUUUAAAAAAAUAAAUGCUCAGAAAGGAAUCUUAUUUUCUGAGGAUCAGAUUCUGGAUUGGUUUGUACAAAUCUGUUUGGCAUUAAAGCAUAUACAUGAUAGAAAAAUAUUGCAUCGGGACAUAAAGUCACAGAACAUAUUUUUGACCAAAGACGGGACAGUACAGCUGGGAGACUUUGGAAUCGCCAGAGUUCUUAACAGUACUGUAGAACUGGCUCGCACUUGCAUUGGAACACCAUACUACUUGUCACCUGAAAUAUGUCAGAAUAAGCCUUACAACAAUAAAAGUGAUAUCUGGGCCCUUGGUUGUGUUCUGUAUGAGAUGUGCACACUCAAGCAUGCGUUUGAAGCUGGUAACAUGAAAAACUUGGUACUGAAGAUCAUCUCUGGAACUUUUCCUCCUGUUUCUGCGCAUUAUUCCUACGACCUACGUAAUCUGUUGUCGCAGUUGUUUAAAAUGAAUCCUAAGGAUAGACCGUCAGUCAACUCCAUAUUGGAGAAAAACUUCAUAGCCAAACGCAUUGAAAAAUUUCUUACACCACAGCUUAUGGCAGAAGAAUUCAGUCGCAAAAUGUUCCAAAAGUUGGGACUACAUGCUGCACCAGCAAAAAGGCCCCCUCAUGGACAAAAUCUGGCUUCAGUUGUACCAUCUCAGAAAAUUACCAAACCUGCUGCAAAAUAUAGAGUGCCUUUAAUGAGCAAGAAGGCUGGUGAUGUACCUAAAAAGAUUCAUGAGAAGAAGCCGUUGAUCAAAUGUGGGCAGAGCUUUCGAACUCCAAUGAAGAAAAUUAAUCCAGGAAAAAGGAGGAAAAUGUUUGAGGAAGGUGCAAAAAAGAAAAGAUUAGAAUUGCCUGAAAAACGCCAGCGAGAUCAGAUGGAGCAAGUAAACAGAGCCAGGGAACAAGGAUGGAGGAAUGUGCAUGGUUCUGGUGGAAGUGGUGAUGUUAAGGCACCAUACUAUGUUGGCGGAGGUGGUGUUGGUCCUUUCCCUGUGUCUUCCAGAAGACAAUAUGAACACUAUCAUGCCAUUUUCGAUCAGAUGCAGUUGCAAAAGGAAAACUUUAAAGUAGCUGAAGAGAAGGAAGCCAGAUGGAGGACAAAUGUACAGGGCCGUGAAGCUAUUGGAAGAGGAAUUUCACCUGGAAUACGUCCAGGAGUUCCUAAGGGGCCUGCAGGUCAUCACCAUUUACCUGAUGCUGAUGCAAUUAGGAAAAAAAUGAAAAGAUUGAAGGAGGUGUCUAAACAAGCCAAUGCAAACAGGUUGGACAAUAACUC